CUCUCUCUUUGUUGCUCGGUGUGCUGUGAGAGUGGGUGGAUAUAGAGCAGGAUGGCAGCAGGAUCCGUUCUCCUCCUCCUCCGUCGUCGUGGUUAUUGAAUCUUCUUGAUCUCUCGGGUGUGGGACUGGAUCUCUGAGUCCAUCACUCGUUCAUCUCAGAUUAACCUGUUAGAGCUUCUCCUCACUCUCUCCUCACUCUCCUCACUCUCUCACUCCAUCAUGGAUCUGUCCUUCAUCAUGGCUGCACAGAUCCCGGUGAUGACGGGCGCCUUCAUGGACUCGUCUCCGAACGACGACUACAGCACCGAGCACUCGCUCUUCAACUCCUCCGCCAGCGUGGCUCUGCAUCAGCCCGAACCGCCCCAGCGGAUCUCCCGCGAUGCCAUCUGGCUCUGGAUCGCCAUCUCCGCCACCGUGGCCAACAUCAUGGUGGUGGUGGUCGUCUACGCCUUCACCUUCUGAACGGAACCGACCUGGGAAACGAACGUUAUGAAUGUUGUUUUUAAUCUUUAACAUUCUCAUGGUUUGUUUUCCCUCUCAGCUUUUGUUUUAAAUCAGUUCUGUGACUUUUACGUAUUUUCACCCCUUAGAAUCCGGGGACUUCGAUCACAGUUCUCAGAGCUUUAUGGAGGUUACUAGUGACUGGUGUCCUGGCUUGACCUCAAACUUUAGGGGUUCACAUCAGCCGUUUACUCUCCACCAAUCACAGACAGAGUUAGUUUUGCCAUUAGCGGCCCCGAUUAUGAGAGUAAAUCAUUCAGAAAGGUUCAGGUACACGUGAGGGUUUUAUUUAUCACAUUUCUUUAGAAAGUAAUAAUUUGGGACAGCAAUCUAAUACGCUCACCCACCACUGUGGCCCCGGGGUCUGAGUCUCAGUCCCAUCUUGUCUGAAUAAGAGAAGGUGUGAUGGUGCAUCCUGCUAUCAGCAUUAACGGUGGAGGAACACAGAGAGUGUAGCGUGUUUCUCCAUACAUGUUAAAGCUCUCUGUAAGAAUCCAUCACUGUGCGGCUUCAUAAGUGUCAGAAGAGGCGUGUCCCAGCCGGCUGCAUCCACGAGGCGCAGGUUUUAAGUGCAUUAGUAAAUGAGACGUUAUUAAAUUAGGGGGGAACAAACCCUCGACGUUCUGAUUUAUAGCCCAGAGAGCUGUUAGCAUGGCGGGAUCUGUUAGGUUUUUACGCUCAGACUCUCGAUGUGUUUGUGUCGGUGUGUUAGCAGAUCUUGUGGUUUUAUCUGGUUACUGUUAGCUCUACUCUGUACAAUCACUGUCAUGAAUCAGGUGUAAGUAUUAUUUUGUGUAACUGGAGGAGAUGAUGUAGCAGAACUGAUAUUGUUGAGGUUCUCAUAUUAAUUUAUGAUUAAAAAAGACACUUUCAGUUGUUUUAGAGCAGUGGUCCCCAACCACCGGGCCGCGGACCAGUACCGGUCCGUGGGUCAUUUAUUACCGGGCCACACAGAAAUAAUAAAUAAUUAGAGACGCUACAAGAGCAAUUACAUUUGCUAAACUCUUUGGGUGUUACUGUCCGCAUUAUUCUAUUUUAAAUCCCUGACAACCCCAUCAGUCUGUGAAAUUAUAUCUUAUAUGAAACCGGUCCGUGGUGCAAAAAAGGUUGGGGAGCGCUGGUUUAGAGCUGAGUGAAAUGUAGCACUUUUUAUUAUUAUUUAUUAGAAUAUUAUUUUUUAUUUAU